UGUCCUGGUGUGUCUCAUGUGCAUAAUGAAAAACAAAGUUGUUCAGAUAUACUUGGACAUCGUGGAUUUACUUACAUUGUUACAGAAGAAAAUCCGGAGCAGAAUGCCGGGGAGAAUAACUAUACAUGACAGUAUUAAGGGCGUGGCGGCGAUAUGUUUCCUGGUACUGAUAUACAGGAUCGGCUGGAACGGAGUAGCUAUCAACCAGAUUGUGCCAGAUCUGCCGUCGGUGGUGCUGAUGACGAUGCUUUUACUGCUCGCGGACAUAUGGCGCCUUCAGCCGGGACGUUCCCACUCUAUCCGCAGCCUUCUGAAGCAGUACUUCCUCCAGCGCACCCUCUACAUAGUCGGUCUUCUUAUGCACAAACAGUUUAACAAACUCAGCAACAAUGUAACCAAGCAUCAAGCAGAGCUCCUUCUUGAAAUACUGAAAACAAACGCCCAAACAAAUGUCGGUCAGCACUUUGAUAUAGGAUCUGUGCAAAGUGUAGAUGAGUAUAGAAGUAAAGUGCCAUUAACACGCUACGCAGACUAUGAACGGUUUGCUUCCGAGGUGUGCGACAAAGCUUCAGAGAAUGUGUUCUUCCCUGGCCAGGCCGACUACAUCGCUAAAACAUCUGGGACAACUUCCGGCAGAAGCAAACUUUUUCCGAAAUCUGUACGUUUGAUGCGACGGACUGCUGGAAAAUGGCGUCUCUUGUCUCAAAAAUGUUUUCUUGAGAUACAUAGAAAUAACUUUUUAAGGAAAUGGUUAGCUGUGAGGGUUAAUCCUAAGGCAUGUUUUUCUGACGCAGGUAUUAGAACGGGGCCGAUAUCGGGUUUAGGAUCAUCAUAUUCUUUAAAUCCCUACGUCGUGCCCGAUAUUGUUCAAGACGUAGACAACGAAGAGGACGUCAUAUACAUUAAUCUUGUAUUCGGAUUAAAAACUAACGACAUUUGCAAUCUGUUUUUCUCGACGUCACAAAUGGCUCUGCUCUAUUUCCAAGUCCUCGAAAGGAAAUGGACCACCAUUUGCAGUGAUGUUGAGAAAGGGGAAAUCACCGGUACAAGUCACGUGACUGAUGAAAUGAAGCAGAUUCUGGGACAGUGUUUGAAUGGUCCGGAUCUUGCCAGAGCGAUGUUUUUAAGAAAGGAGUUUAACAAAGGAUUUACGGACAUUGUGACCCGUAUUUGGCCAAAUUGUCCUGGCCUCUUCUGUCUUGCCACUGGCAGUUUUCAAACACAGGCUGACAUUGUAAGAAACAAGUAUCUUGGCGAAGUGCCUUUAUUUUCGCCAUUCCACGCCGGAAGUGAGGCUUUCUACGGAAUUAAUCUUCACCUCCACGAACCAGAGAUUGCCUACACCGCUAUGUCGCCUUUUAUUUUCUUCGAAUUCAUCCAUGAAAGUCAGCUCAAUGAAACAGAUCCUGAUACGUUACUUUGUCAUGAGGUGACGGUUGGUGAGCUCUAUGAGAUAGUUGUAACCACGUGGGAGGGGCUGUACCGCUACAGGAGCGAGGACGUUGUCCAGGUGACCGGUUUCAAUGGCACCAUCCCGAGAUACAAGUUCUGCAGAAGGGUUUUUAACAGGUGA